AUGUCUCACGUCGUCGAACUGCACGGCGAGUCAAACCCGCUGAGUCCUCAAAAUCUUCUUAAUGCGCUUGCCCUCGCUGCGAGUUCGACGCAGCAGCAAGUCCAGACGGGUACCAAACAACUUCAAUUCUGGGAGAAGCAAGAAAAGUACUUCACCUUACUUCAAGAUAUCUUCUUAGACCAAUCAGUACCAAUCGAAGCCCGAUAUCUAGCUAUAAUCCAACUAAAGAACGGCAUCGACAAGUACUGGCGAAAGACUGCAACGAACGCAAUAAAGAAAGAAGAGAAGGAACAGAUCAAACUGAGGGCGUUACAGGCUGGUGUUGUCGAGCCUGCUCCUCUGCUAGCACUACACAAUGCGUUCAUGAUUGCCAAGAUCAUGCGUUCUGAGUUUCCACAAGAUUGGCCCGAUGGAAUUUCCUCGAUCAUUUCCUACCUUCGGUCGUCGACUCUGCCCGGUGUUAACCCUCUGCAAUUGCCCCGGACGCUCACAAUCCUUCUACAAAUAAUCAAGGAGCUGUCAACGGCUCGGUUACAAAGAAAUCGCGCCAGUCUCCAGUCUGUUACUCCCGAAAUCUUCCACCUUCUGGGGGGAAUUUACGUUGAAAAAGUGAAUAAAUGGACAGCGAUUUUAGAACAUGGCGGCACGGAUGAGGCAGCCUUGCUGAAUGAGGCAGAACAAAGCCUUGUUUGUCUCAAAGUUCUUCGGCGUCUUGUAAUUGCCGGAUUCGAGCAUCCAAACCGUGAUAAGGAGGCCCGAGACUUUUGGCUCCUCACCCAUUCUCAUUUCAGCAAAUUUUUUGCCUUUAUUCAUGGUUCCGUGCCUCUGUCAGAGCAAGUGCAAAGGUCAAUUGAGAAGCACUUAUUGAAAUUGUCAAAGCUCCACGUGGAAAUGGCGAAGGAACGUCCUGCAUCGUUUGCUCUUUUGCCGGAUAGCAUCCAUCUUGUCCAAUCCUACUGGACCUUGGUUGUUAAAUUGGGAGAAAAUUACAGUCAGCUGGGCGAAGAUAGCGAAUCUGAGGGCAAGUCUCUCAUGGAGAAAAUCGGACUUAGAGCCCUUCUUUUGAUCAGAGCCUGCUCGAAGAUGGCAUUUAACCCCGCGCAAUCGUUCAAGUACCAAACUCCAGAAGAUAAAGAGGAGAAGAAAAGAUCUAUUGAGCUCAUCAAGUCGCAGCUUUUCACCCAGGAGUUUGUCGUCGUUGUUAUGGAGCUUCUGGUCACCCAAUUCUUCCGCUUUCGAAAAGCCGACUUUGAGGAAUGGGAAGCUGAGCCCGAAGAGUGGGAAAGGAAAGAGGAGGAUAUUGCCGAAGCCUGGGAAUUUUCCAUCCGAUCAUGCUCCGAGAAGUUAUUCCUUGACCUUGUCAUUCACUUCAAAGAACUGUUGAUCCCACGUCUACUCAAUGUCUUCUACUCGUUUGCUAGUCCCGACAAGCGCGACGUACUGCUGAAGGACUCUUUAUACUCUGCCAUCGGACUGGCGUCCGCCAGUUUAGAACAACAGUUGAACUUCAACAGUUUUCUUGAGGCCACACUCGUCCCUGAAGUUCAGAUUCAAGAACAGGGGUACAAUGUCCUCAGAAGACGAAUCGCUAUUCUCCUUGGACAAUGGGUUCCUGUCAAGCCGGAUGAGCUGAAUAGGGAUGCAAUCUAUCAGAUCUUCCAACAUCUUCUUAGUAAACAGGACUCACUGAAUGACCUGGUUGUCCGGAUUACCACCGGUAGACAGCUUAAGAAUGUGCUGGACCCCUUCGAAUUUUCUGCUACAGGUUUCAUGCCAUAUGCGCAAUCCAUUCUCCAGGAUUUGAUGGCACUCAUCCAGGAAGUUGAGCUCCCCGAAACUAAGAUGGGGCUUCUGGAUAGUGUUCGCGUGCUGGUGGUGAAAAUGGAGGAUCAUAUUGCGCCCUUCUCUGACCAAAUAUUAGCUCUUCUUCCUCCCUUAUGGGAGCAGUCCGGCGAAGAACAUCUCAUGAAACAGGCUAUACUCACAUUGAUCUCGUCACUUAUUAACUCGUUGAAGCAAGACUCGAUCAAGUACCAUUCCCUCGUCCUACCUUUGAUCCAUAGCUCGGUCGAACCAGGUUCAGAGACGUUAGUAUACCUUCUUGACGAGGCGUUAGAGCUGUGGUCUGCCAUCCUCACGCAGACUCCAGCGCCCGCAUCACCUGAGCUUCUAGCUCUCAUCCCCGCCCUUUACCCCAUAUUCGAAGCUGCCAUCGACAGUGUUCCUCAAGCUUUGCAAAUUGCGGAAUCCUAUAUCUUUCUUGCUCCCCAGGAAGUCCUUAGUGAUCGGAUCCGACUACCCCUUCUCGCAUCCUUCGAAGCUCUACUGCAGUCCACUACCCGCCAGCGGCUUGGGGUUGUUCCCCGCCUUGUAGAGCUUAUGAUUCGUGGUGCCGAAGCUGUUGACGGCGGCAGUGAGAACACCUACAACAUCAUAUCGCGCUCUCUCAUCGACAGUUCUUUCCUGCAAUCUCUUUUGGAAGGUCUCCACUCUGCCCACGAGGCGAGUCAGACCACGGGCCCACGCCGUAAACAGACCGCUGUUUAUGGUGUUGUGGAGACGGAUUACUUCUCCGUCCUCGCCCGUCUGGCUCUGGCGUACCCCAGGAUCCUCGCGUCGGCCGUCUCUGCCGCCACGCAGACACCCGAAGAGCAGGUAUUCUCUUGGCUUCUCACGGAGUGGUUCUUGCAUUACGACAACAUCGGUAGCGUGACACAGAAGAAACUGCAUGCACUCGCACUCACACAGCUUCUCGGUUUGAAUGGCCCAGAUACGCAGCCCCCAGCCUACAUUCUCAAUCACCUGCAAUCAUACUUGAAUAUCUGGACAGAUAUCAUCACUGAGCUCGCGGAAGGAGCAGAGGGUGACCCCAACGACCCCCGCAGUGGCGACUAUCUGAUCUACUGGAACAAUGGGCAGACGAAUAAAUACGACGAGCAUGAACCGCCAGAGAACGAACGCCGACGGCAUUGGGCAAACGCCGACGUUGUUCAUAAGAUCAAUAUUCGCGACUUUGUUCGACAGCACCUACAUUCUCUCAUUGUGGGAUGUGGGGGCGAACAACGGUUCCAGGAAGAUUGGCUUCUCAACGUGGACCGUGAGGUGGUCGCCGCGUUUGGAGCGUUGGGAUUGCUGUAG